AUGUUGUCCACCCUCCGAAUUGCCCGCACCGCUGGCUCGCGCCAGGCCAACUUGCGUACCAGCAUCGUUGGUGCCAGAUUCGCGUCCGCUUGGUCCAACGUUCCUCAGGGUCCUCCGGACGCUAUCCUGGGUAUCACCGAAGCCUUCAAGGCCGACUCAUUCAAGGAGAAGAUUAACCUGGGUGUUGGUGCUUACCGUGACGACCAAGGCAAGCCCUACGUUCUGCCCUCCGUUCGCGCUGCUGAGGACAAGGUUGUUGCCUCUCGUUUCGACAAGGAGUACGCCGGCAUCACUGGUAUUCCUUCUUUCACUAAGGCUGCUGCGGAACUCGCCUACGGUGCCGAUUCUGCCGUCCUCAAGGACGACCGUCUCGUUAUCACCCAGUCCAUCUCGGGUACCGGUGCCCUGAGAAUCGGUGGUGCUUUCCUGCAGCGCUUCUACCCUCACGCAAAGAAAAUCUACCUCCCCACCCCCAGCUGGGCCAACCACAACGCUGUCUUCAAGGACUCUGGUCUCGAGGUGGAGAAGUACCGCUACUACAACAAGGACACCAUCGGUCUCGACUUCGAGGGUCUGCUUGCCGACAUCAAGGCUGCUCCUGAGAAUAGCAUCAUCCUGCUCCACGCCUGCGCUCACAACCCUACCGGUGUUGACCCGACUCAGGACCAAUGGCGCAAGAUUAGCGACGUCAUGAAGCAGAAGGGCCACUUUGCCUUCUUCGACAUGGCCUACCAGGGUUUUGCCAGCGGUAACGCUGACCAGGAUGCUUUCGCUCCUCGUCACUUUGUGAAGGAGGGCCACAACAUUGCUCUGUGCCAGAGUUUCGCUAAGAAUAUGGGCCUCUACGGUGAGCGUGUUGGUGCUUUCUCCCUCGUCUGUGAGUCCGCCGAGGAGAAGAAGCGCGUGGACUCCCAGAUUAAGAUUCUCAUCCGUCCCUUCUACUCGAACCCCCCUGUUCACGGUGCUCGCGUUGCCUCGACCAUCAUGAACGACCCCGCCUUGAAUCAGCAGUGGCUGGGGGAAGUCAAGGGCAUGGCUGACCGUAUUAUUGAGAUGCGUGCUCUUCUCAAGAAGAACCUGGAGGACCUUGGCAGCAAGCACGACUGGUCGCACAUCACUAGCCAGAUCGGUAUGUUCGCGUACACCGGUCUCAAGCCCGAGCAGAUGGAUGCUCUCGCCAAGGAGCACUCCGUCUACGCCACCAAGGACGGCCGUAUCUCCGUUGCUGGUAUCACUUCCGGCAACGUCCGUCGCCUGGCCGAGUCCAUCUUCAAGGUGACUGGCUAA